AUGGCCGUCCCGCCCAAGUUUGCGGGCCACAAGCUCGAGUUCGCGCCGCCCUCGCCUUCGACCUCGUCGGUGCCGCGCGCAACGCACACGCUCGAGUUCUUCGCCGACUACUGCUGCCCUUACUCGGCCAAGAUGUUUGGCACGCUCAUGAAGACGGUGGCGCCCGCCGUGCGCGCAAACCCGGCCUGGGCGCCCGCGCUCACCGUUGUCUUCCGCCAGCAGGUGCAGCCGUGGCAUCCGUCGUCGACGCUCAUGCACGAGGCCGCCCUCGCCGUCCUGCGUCUCGCCCCCGCCGCCUUCUGGGACUUCAGUGCCGCCCUCUUCGACGGCCAGGCCGGCUUCUUCGACGUCAACGUCGUCAACGAGUCCCGCAACCAGACGUACCGCCGCCUCGCGCGCCUGGCUGCCCGCACGGCCGGCGUCGAUGAGGGCGACGUCUACGCCCUGCUUGAGGUGCCCAGCAAGCCGGGAAAGGACGGCGCGCUCAACACGGGCAACGCCGUCACAAACGACCUCAAGCUUCUGACCAAGAUGAACCGCCUGGUCGGUGUUCACGUCACGCCCACGGUCGUCUUUGACGGCGUCGUGCACGACAUAAGCUCUGGCUGGACGGGGGACCAGUGGAAUGAGUGGUUGGCCAACAACGUUGUCUGA